AUGUCACAACUCCCUGAUCCUAUUGCCUCAGCAAGUGCCUACAUUUCAGCUUAUAUGAGCGGCCAUGCGAACGCUAAUCUGGCUUAUGUCAAACAUUUUGGAAAGAAGCUUGAUGCUGUCAGUGCCACAUUCAAGAGUCUCAACUCGCAAGGUUUUAUUGUCACUUAUAAGAAUGCGGAAGGCAAGGAGGACGAGGUCUUUAUUGAGUAUACAUCACCUGUAACGAAACGAGAGGACGUCCGUGUAGUACUAGAAGAUAUGGCUAAGGAAGCAGAAAAAGCGCUUGGCAUGCCUAGUUCACUUGAUGGCCCUCCACCUAUACAAGCCUUAAUGAAAGCUGCUGCGAUAGAGAAUGCUCAAGAAGCGGAAAUUGCCAAAGCAAAAGAAGACAGAGAGGCGGAAGCCUCAGCUGCGAUUGCAUCUUCUGCAGUUGGAAAUUUGUUUGAGAACUCUGUUCCCAAAAGUACCCCUCUCGAUGUAUUUUAUCCUGCUGAUAGACAUUGGCAGUUGAUUAUAACAGCCGGAAUGGGUGCAACUGCUUUAUUGGGCUAUGCUUCAGAUGACGUUUUACGCCGACUUUUCCCAUCAUUUGUGCUUUCAUUUCGUAAUUAUAUGACACCAGAAUUAAUUCAAUCUAUCUUCUUUUGGGCCUCUGUAACACAUGUUACAGAAAGUUUUGUCGCUCUUUGCAUAUGUUUAAAACGUCGCUGGUAUAGCCCUUUGAACAUACUAAAGUGGACUGGAAGCACUAUGCUAUAUGGUUUUGCUUCUAUGCGUAAACUCAUUGGACAUGGACAGAAGGCCUCUCUGGCCAAAAAGAAAAUACAAUAA